ACAUUGGCAUCUCCCUUGAGACCCUAAUAAAGCAUCUGCUAACUGCAAGGCCUGGAUUCAAGUGAAGCAAAUUAAACAUUUUUCUUGCAAUGGAUCACACUGUGUCUGAAAGCAUGAAAGGUGAGGACAUGGAAAUCCAUCAUUUCAGCCAUCACCAUCCACUGGUCUUUAUGCAAGAUCAGGGUUUCGCAAGUGAAGCAGCUUCCUGCUUCGGGUGUGGUCGGUCGCUAGAGGGUUCGAGCUAUGGCUGCACUGAAUGUAGGCAUUUUCUUCACAAGGAAUGUGCAGAGUUAGCGUUAGCCCCUGAAAUUGAUCAUCACUUCCAUUCCCAACACCAUUCGACUCUUUUGCCAGGAUUUCCUUAUAGGGGUGGUUUUUGUGAUUUUUGUUAUAGUGGCUCUGCAGGAUUUGUUUAUCAUUGUGCUUCUUGUAGAUUCGAUCUGCACGUAAACUGUGCUCUGCUUCAAUCAUCCAUUGCUGCAAAUGUUCCCUCUUAUUUGCACCAGCAUCCAUUGUUCUUCCUUGAAAACCAUAACAAGGAAAUCAAACGCGAUUGCUCGGGAUGUACGAAACCGUUAUCUGGUCCAAUUUACCACUGUGGGGAUUGUUCUUCUAAAUUCUUUAACCUUCAUAAGGAGUGUGCUGAACUACCCCUUGAGAUUAAACACUCCUACGACCCUAAGCAUCCUCUUACUCUCUUGCCGAUACCACCUACUCAUCAUCACGAUUGCAGUUGCUAUCUAUGCAAAAUCCAGUGGGAAGGGUUUGUUUAUUCUUGCUCUAUUUGCAAGUUGGAGCUUACUCUUGAUGAUGUUAUUACACCACCAAAGAUCACAACUGCAAGUCAUAAACACCCAUGGAAGCUUCUGUUGAGACAAAUGUCAUUUAUUUGUGAUUUUUGUGGCAUCGCUGGAGAUCACAACCCGUAUCUCUGUACGAAGUGUAAUCUUGUUGUCCACAAGAAGUGCAUUUCAAUGCCUCGCAGUAUCAUGAUAACAAGGCAUCAUCACAUAAUUUCUCAUUCAUAUUCUCUUCCACAAAAUGAAGUCGGAUACUGGAUUUGCAGAAUUUGUUAUGAAGAUGUCGAUACAAGGUAUGGUAGUUACUAUUGUUCUGCAUCCGAUUGCAAUUAUAUUGCUCAUGUAUAUUGUGCACCCAAUAAAGCAAUUUGGGAUGGCACAAUUUUCUUGGAAGACAAUGAUGAGAGCUGCAACGUAACACAACAUACAUCCUCGAAUUUGAUUAUUGAAGUUGUUGAACAAACGUGUAUUGGAGAGCAGAUGGUAGCGACUGGGAUCAAACAUGAAUACCAUGAUCACAAUUUAAGACUCACUUUUUCUGGGGAUAUUGAAGAUGAUAGCCAAUGUGAUGGGUGUAUGAGGCCUAUCGCAACUCAUUUUUAUAGUUGUCAUCAAUGCAAGUUUUUUCUCCAUAAAGAUUGCGCUGAAUUACCUAGAGUAAAACGACACCCAUUUCACAAGCAUGUGCUAACACUCACAAACUCGAGCUUGAGCCCAGUGGAUGGCUAUUCAAUAUGCUAUGGUUGUUCCCGUCCGUACAAUGGAUUUAGCUACCGAUGCUACAAUGAAGAGGGAAAAUCACACUUUAAUUGGGACAUUAGAUGUAUUUCACUAUCAGACACUUUGGAGCAUCCAUGUCAUGAACAUUCACUCUUUCUAGCCCACAACUUUCCAACCAAGUGCAGUGGUUGUCAUUCAGAAAUAUCCCGAGAUUGCAUUGCAUAUAGAUGCAUGAAGCGUUGUGAUUUUACUUUAGAUAUACGAUGUGUGGCGCUACCGCUCACAACUUGGUACAAGUAUGACAGACAUCCUCUUACUCUGACUUAUUCUGAUGAUUCUAGUCCUUCUCAACAUUACUGUGAUCUGUGUGAGAAUGAACGCAACCCCGAUGACUGGUUUUACUACUGUGCUGAUUGUGAUAACUCUCUUCAUUCCAUAUGCACUCUCGGUCAUCCUCAGUUUAUGAAGCUUGGAAGUGAAGUUAAAUCUGCUCGUCAUCCACAUCCAUUAACUGUUGUGAAAAACAUUUGGAAUUGCCCUCCAUGUAAGGUAUGCGGUAAUCUUUGCAAUGGGACGACCCUAGAAUGUAAAGAAUCUGAAUGCAACUUUACCAUCCACUGGUGGUGCCGUUUGCAGUGAUAUUCCACUCAAGUUUAUCAAACACAGAUUCUGCAACUUCAAAGGUUUGGAAGUCUGUAAUCGUUCCAUGUAGUGGUGUCAUUGAAGGAUAAUAUACUUUUAAAUUGUGAUGAGUUGAUAUGCUCUUGCCUGCUGAAACUAAAUUAGGUG